ACCAAAGGUCAGGAAGAGGGAAGACCAUAACCGUUAGGAUCUUAGACCGGGAGGAGUACAAUAAGCUAUCCUCCUUCUACAUUCUGCUUGAACCCCCCCAGUGGAGACGAAACAGGAAGGAACAGACAGAGGAACAGCAGAAAGACGAAGAAGUGGAAGAAGAGCCGCUGACAGGAAAAGAUGAAGAGGAACGCCGCAUAGCUGAAAUGGGCCGUCCAAUGUUGGGAGAUCAUGUCAAACUGGAGGUGAUCAUCGAGGAAUCAUAUGAAUUCAAGAACACAGUGGACAAGCUGAUAAAGAAGACCAACCUGGCUCUGCUGGUGGGAACCAACAGCUGGAGAGACCAGUUCAUAGAAGCCAUCACUGUAAGCGCAGGGAGCAAAGUGUACUGGAGUCUAAUUCCUUGUUCGCGUGUACAAACACGGCCAAAUAAAGAUGAUUCUGAUUCUGAAAGCAGAGGUGAAGAUGACGACGAUGAGGAGUGUGGGGAGGAGAAGCUGCCCUCGUGUUUUGACUACGUCAUGCAUUUCCUCACUGUAUUCUGGAAGGUUCUGUUCGCCUUCGUGCCGCCCACAGAGUAUUGGAAUGGCUGGGCCUGCUUUGUAGUCUCCAUCUGCAUGAUCGGACUGCUCACCGCUAUCAUUGGGGACCUGGCCUCUCACUUUGGAUGCACAGUAGGCCUGAAAGACUCUGUCACAGCAGUAGUAUUUGUUGCAUUGGGAACCUCAGUACCAGACACAUUUGCCAGUAAGGUAGCAGCUAUCCAAGAUCAGUAUGCAGAUGCAUCCAUUGGUAAUGUGACAGGCUCCAAUGCUGUCAAUGUGUUUCUGGGCAUUGGGGUGGCGUGGUCCAUUGCUGCCAUCUACCACAACAGCAGGGGUGAGGAGUUCAGGGUAGAUCCUGGCACGCUGGCUUUCUCGGUCACACUCUUCACCAUCUUUGCCUUUAUCUGUGUCGCCAUGCUGAUGUACCGACGGCGACCAGACAUUGGUGGAGAGCUGGGUGGGCCCCGGACUGCGAAGGCCCUUACCACCAUGCUGUUCGUUAGCCUGUGGCUCCUCUACAUCCUCUUCUCCUCACUGGAAGCCUACUGCCACAUCCAGGGCUUCUAAGAUGAUAGGAGAUGUUGAAGAGAAGGGUGGGACAAAGCAAGAAAACAUGGAGGAAAAAACAAGGGGGAGGUGGAUGAAUGGAUGAAUUUGGAUUUAGGAAUUAAGGCUGUCUCGUUGUUCUAGAAGUCCCCCCUUCAGCAAUAGAUUUAAUGAUAGAUGAAUGGAUGGAUGUACAGAUGAAGGAGUGCACAUUUAAACAGAUAAAGACAGAAUGGAAAGAGGUACAGAUGCAUGGAAGGAUAACAAAAAACAUGAGAUUAAUAGGAAGCGAAAUUAUCCAGAACGGUGGAAGCUUAAUGAGAAAAGGAAAAAAAUCAAAGCGUCUCACUCUAAAAGUGCAAACCAAUCAAGUCAUCUUAUUAAACGUGUCCCAACUGGCUCGACCUUAUAGAAUUACAAUGAAUUUAAACACUUGGACUGAGGUUAAAACAGAGGUACGCACCAUAAAAGCUCCUAUUGAGAACGAGUGGUUUCAGCAGGAGCCCUCUUUCAGUGUAGUGCAUCGUAUCCAAACACUGUAACAGGCAGGAGUGAGACAGACAAAGAAAGAAUAACUUUAUCAGUAUGUGCAUGCAUGACCAGACAAUACUGAAAACAUAAUCAGAAGAAACCGGAUACAUUGCCACAAUUGUUUCAUGACAACUAACUGUGUGUGUGCUGGUGUGUAACAGUGGGUGUCCCUGCUUGUGUGUUGUGGGAAGAUGGUCAAGUACUGUGAAAAAAACCGCCUCUCGUCUUGCUCUCACUGCGUGAGGCGAGAUAUGCUUUCGUGUUCGAGGUCUUUUUCACUCUCGCUCUCCCAGCCUGUAGAAAUGCCGAGUAUGACUUUCGCAGGAGAGCAAAUUCAGUGAGAUGAAAUGUUUUAAGCGUCACUGAGGUUCGAAUUGUAAAUAUAAAGAGCUGAUCGUACAUUACAGCUUCACGGUUUUCCUUCUGAAUGUCUCGGUUACGCCAUGCGCUCCUGAUCGGACCCUCUUUCUGUUGCUUUAUACUGUAAAUGUAAAAGAAUUAAGGACUAAUUUGAACCAAGAAGUGGUUAGUGUGCUUUUACCUUUAAUAAGGUCAUGUCUGAGAAGACGAAAUGGCCACUCUACCGUCGAAAACUGUUAGAAACUAUUAUCACUGCAUAAAUAUCUAGGUAUUUUUGAUUUUACUAUGGAACCACCUGGUGUUCCACCUGUGGGAUUGCCGCCAUCAUUUCUGAAUCAUAACUUUUAAAUAGCCUGAAAAUUCUAGCUAGCACCCAUUAUAGGCCUUCUUUUCCUUCAUUUUCUGCCACUUGGUUUACUUAACAGCUUCAGUCAUUAUCUCUGUGCAUCGCCAACCUGGCUGGUCGCUGGACCAAUCAAAAUCUUCAAGGGCUUUGUAAUAACCACUAAUCCCUAACCCUGACCCUUGAUUUAUAAUGUUUCACAUAGAUUGGUCGUUAAGGGGAAUAUUUAACAGGCGCUUAUAUUGGUAAACCUUACACAUUGACUUCUCAGUUAAAAGAGCUUUGCUUCAAACUAGCGCAGGGCUACAUGAGAUAAUAGCUGCACGUCUUUGUUAUGUUACCACACCAGGCAUCAAGAAUUUCCUAGAUAUUGUAAAAGCAACCUGCUGCUUCUAAGUACUCAUUCAGACAAGGCUUCAACUUUUCAUUCCAAAAAACACUACUAGUCAAAAACAUUUUACUCAUAAUAUGUCUGGAUGACGAAGGCCUUAACCUAAAGAAAGCAAUUACCAUCUGGCUUUGUCAUAUUUCUUUAUUCAAAGGUAAGUUGCUUUCAAACAAAUAACCUUAAUGUGAUCUGUGGGAUUUACUCAUUCUUGUUGAACUUGACACAUUAGUUCAGCUGCCAGUUUUCAGUCUUAACACAAAAGCCAUCAGAUAAAGGGAUAGCUGAAAAUGAUUUUCUGUUGGGCAGGACGUCAGCGUAGAGGACGGGGUAAAUGUGGACAUGUAACACAGGUUACAUCUAAUCUCAGACAGCCUGUGUUUGACAAGCUCACACCGCUUUCAGGGCAAUAACAGAAAGCUAACAGGGAUACAGUUACAACACUUGUCCCCACAAAUCUCCUCCUGCUGUGGAGUAUAUAGCCCAGUGUUUUAAUUCUCAGUAGCCAGGUUACCAUGGUAGUCCACCCUGGUUAAAAGCUAAUUAACUCCUAAAGUCUAUAAUCUCUCUUUGUGACAUGGGCACAAACAGUCUCUGUUAUUCUAUUAUAUAUGUAGCAUACUUUUGUUAGUUUAACAAUGUAAACUGAUCUUAAAUUAUUACCACUGGUCUGUGUGCAUGAUGUGACAGGGGCCCACUUGGACUUAUUUAUCAUCCUAAUAGUGUGCUAGUAGCUUAAAAGGACACCGGGGCAUAUGAAACACUACGUCUACUGCGUGCAGACCAAACUAACUGCCAGAUCGUAAGACUCACAAACUAAAAUUCCAAAACACUAAAUGUCUGGAAAUCUUCUGCUUUCUGUAAUUCAGUAUUAGACAGACAACAAAUCGAUCCCAAAACCUCGAACACCAAGGGCCCAGAAUUAUGUACAUUUUAAAGCCUGUCUCGACUGUCAGAGAAGUUUAGACUUCAGACUGUUAACUAUUGCAACAUUCAGCUAAACUCACAAAGAUCUCAGCAUACACGUAACUUACAGUAUAUGUAGGCAUAAUAAAAGUCCAUAAGUCCAGAAUUCCUCUGCUUCUAAUGUGUUUUUUACUUGAUGUAUAUGAUAAAUUGUAUUUAUAAUGUCAUCUGUAAAAGUAAGUAGUCCGGACUAGAUGUAAUCCAUUUUAAACUUGGCAGGAUUCUUGUAAAAGGCAGAUUUUAACCCCUGAGAAAGUAGACCUGGGCUGGCUUAGAUUGGAUGAGUUUGGCAAAUCCAGAUAAUUGCAACAAUAUAAAUACUCUGAAUAUAGCUUUUGAAAAAAUUAUUAAUUACACAACAACACUAGGAUGAAAAUUUGAGAAGACAGUGCUACAGAAACAUGGCUUUGCUGCUGCAGUUUUGUUUGUUGUACAGUUUGAAAACUACUAAGAAAAGACAUUUGGUGUAUAUGUCGUUUGAUAGCUGCAGUAUAAUGAGAUAUUGCAUUACUUGCAUUUGUCAAACUCAGCACAAUCUGUGGCUCAUCAUUAGAGUAGCUGUUCUUAAGUGAAGGCCUUGGAGUGGCAGUUUACCCCUGUUUUGCCAAAGGGAAAACUUUAUAUCAGAUAUUAAUGUUUGCAGUCCAAUCUGUAAGGGGUUUUCUAACCAAUGGAUCUUUCUUAAAACACCAAAUAUAAUUCAUAUUUCAUUAGUAAUCUGAAAAGCAUUAAAAAAGGCUUGAUGUUGUUUUAACAGAACUCAAAUCUUUUUAUUUAAAUUUGUAUGUAUUUGUCUCUUCACUGGCACGAGCUGAGGGUUUAUACACUGUAAAAAAACUAAAUUAUGCUAGCUUGCUUUUAAAAAAAAAAGAAGGAAUAACGAUAUUAAAGCUGUAUGCAUCACUUUUUGAGUACCUUCAGUAGGUAUUGUCUUUGAUAUUGCUAAAUCAUGUUGGAAUUACUUAAAAUGUGCCAGCUGCCUAAUAUUUUGAGGUGAACUCUAGCGUGAGCAGGAAUCAAAUGCUUGCAAAAAUGCAGUUUCGUGCAUUAAAUUUAUGGCUUGUAUUUUUUUUUUUUUUAAAUGCUAAAAGUUUUCUUUUAUGGGAAUUUAGCUCUUUUGCUGCACUGGCUUUGCUGCACUGGCGUUGCUGCACCGUCUCUCUGGGUGUAUUCACUUUGGCUUAAGAGCUAGUCUGACAUGAACCUUAUUGGCAGAUUAAUGACAGCUGUUCAGAGUUUGAAACAAGGCUGGAAACUAAACAUUGUUAGCUGUUGUUUAGCUAAAGACUUUUCUUGGCUGUACAUCAUCAAAUAUUAACUUUCUGGUUGAAGUUAACUUUUUUUUUCUAUCUGCAACUAGCAACUUUCCUGCAAAGACUGUAAAGCAAUUUGUUCCAGCUCAAGUCACAAUAACGCUUGAGUCCAGCUUCGUGCUUUGGUUUGAAAUUCUGCAUUUUAAAGGGUCAAAAGUUAGCCAGGUCAUCACUGUAUAUAUUAACACUAACAGCUAGUAAGGAGUAGAAAAAUGAGCUGUAGAUUGCAUUUGUUUUAACUUUUGUUCUUCUGUGGUGGGGUUUGAAACAGAAUUGGGCAGGUUUUUAAAUGACGGACAAGCAUUGCACUGGUUCUUGUCGCUUAUGUGAAACGGCUACUACGUUGGUUCAUUUACAGAGUUGCUUCUGAUGUAAACAACAGAGAUUGUGUUUUCUGUCUCUGAUUUACACAAUAAUAAUGAUGUACCUGAUGUAAAAAUACAGUGGUGUUGAAUCAGUUGUAAACCAUUAACAAUGUUGAUUCUAAUGUGGGUUCUAAAGGGUUGACGAUAUGUUUGUGUUGCCAUAUUCACUUUUUAACUGACUGUCUGUCUGACAGACCGAGGAAUAAAUAACAGCAACAUCGGACAGACAAAAUGAGCAAAAGGAAGGACAAACGCCCCUACUGGUACAAGCGGAGCAAUAUUUGCUACAGAGAAAAAAAUGUACCGCUGGAAACAAAGGCUACCAGAGCUAUUCUCUACCUUAAAAUGCAACAUUUAACAUGUAGAAAAAAGGUUGGUGAUGUAGAGAAGAAGAAAGAAAAAGAAGAUGACACGAAAGAAGAUGAAAAUAAUAAUAAUAAUUAAAAAAUGAAGUUACAGCCAUAUGUUGAUUUCUGGGUCAGAGAGACUGAUGUGGACUUCUCCUGCCCAGCAUGUGUAUUGUUAUGGUGUCUUUAUCUGUCCCUGUGUCUCUCCACCCUCUUUCUCUAUCUUGCUUUCUCAAUCUCACUGCUGCCAAAGUAACCAAAACAGGCAGUUCUCCUUUUGUUCCGUAUCUUCUUCCCAGCUCCCGUUCUACCCUCUGUCUCCCUAUGCCAUGUUUUCCAUAUUUUGGAAUGUCAAUGUGCUACUUGUUGACACUGUGCAUGAAUGAUAACAUGUCUGUAUAUAGUUAUAGAGAAUUGUAUCCCAUUUCCUUAGUGUUGACUAAAAAAGGUUUGAAUGUUGUACAGAUUCAGGUUUUCCUUUUUUUCUGUUCAGUUACAUUUUGUAAUGUAUGUAGAGCUUAACAACAUUUUGUUUUAAUUUAAACAAAGAUGCGAUGACUCUUUUUUUUUUUUUUUUUUUGGAGUAACUUGCACAUUACUAAUGAAUUCAUCAAGUUUUUUUUUAAAAAAAGGCAAUAUCUGCUGUUAUUGAAUGAGAGAUGAGAUCUUAAAGAAGUUAUGUAUCUUAAAUAAGUAAUCUAUAUGGGAGCUGCAUGGGUUAUUUGUACAAAAAAAGAGACACUGCUUGCUACUUCUAAUACCGUGGCUGUAUUCUCCGACAGAGGAUGAGGAAUACUGUAUGUAUAUCUAAAGGUUAUUUUGUCAUUAAAGAAAUAAUAAUAAUAAUAAUGUGUAUAUACUGUACAGUGUUAUAAGUGAGGUGGACUAUACGACCAUCACACUAACCAUAGAGAAUUAAUUCUACAUAUUUAUUUAAAGGAAACAACAACACUCGCUACACUCAAGAAUGACAUAUAUUGCCUUUUUGGAGAAGUUGUAGUUUGCUUAGAGCUUAUUUCUCUAUCGCUGCCUCACUCUGCCCUCCCAUGCAUCCUCUUUCUUCAUUCUUGGUUGGUUAUUUUUUUUCCUUCCAUCUGCUUCUAUUUACUUUUGUUUUGGCGUUGGAGGCUUUUGAGAUUGCCUUUUGUCAGUGAUUGUUGUUGUUUGAUUCAGACAGCGUUAUGUUUUUAGUUUGUCUUUUUGACUCGUGUCUCACUUAUGGUUGCUUUUUAUGCCCCCUAAAUCAUUAUCUCUAGAACUGCUUCUAUUCACCAACAUCCAAGUAUAGUUAUGAAUAUCUGCCUGUGUCUGCAUCUGAUUUAGUCUCUCAACGGAUAAUUUGUUUGUAUUUAAAUCACCAUCUGUUUUCCGAGCUGUCGAUCAUUUAUCUUGGUUGCUGAAUAAUUCUCUUUUCGUUUUUCUUUCCUAAAUUCUUCCUUUGUGCCAACAAAUUCUGGUUUUUAUUUCUUCACUCCUUCCUUUCAUUCAUCUUCUCUUUCUUUCUCUGUCCUCUUUGCACUUUCGGGGUGUUUCAGGGUUUUUUGUGUUUGUCACUUUGAUUUGAUGUGGGGGUUUUUCUUUUCUUAAUGGAACAGUAACUUUAAUAAUCAUGUUUGUAAUAAUUUUUAAGAUUUGUUUUCUUUUUGCCGCUGUUUCUCUGUGUGUGCGUGUAUUAAUUUUCUUUUCUUUUUUAAAUUAAUUUCUGGUCAAGACCAAAUGAUAGGAGGAAAGUUGUUGUAUGUGUGUUGCCACUAACUGUGACUGCUCUCCAUGGUACAUGGUAAUUCUGAUAAAACCAGUAAAAUAAAGUUUGGGAUACCCUGUUUCAGAGA